UAUUCAUGUCUUGUUAUUAAUUUACUAAUACAUAUUGUUUCCCUCAUGGUAAUGAAUUAGUUUUUCAUCCAAGAGGCCAAAAAUACAAAACCCAAUGUAUCAACUAAUUUAGCAUGAAGGAAGAAAUUUUAUUUUUCAGUCUCCAAAAUCUCCUUACUAAUUUUUAAAUCAAAACUCCAUCCUAGAUUCUAGUAAUUGCAACUCAGACAUUCUUACCGUAGCUAAAAGAUGGGAAUUAUCACUAUACCCUAUAGGAAUAGGAGUAUUAUUUACAUACCAUCCCCCUAGAUGCUUUCCAAAGUGAAUGAUAUUGCUUGCACGUGCUAGUCUGUAUAUAAUAUACUACAUGCAUACAAAAACAAAAACUGAACGCUGCCACUGCUUAUCCACAGAUCUCUAGAAAUGGGUAAAAAAGGGGGUUUUGGGAGAAGAGAUCAUGAGAGGGAUGUAAGGUUAGAGGGUGAAGAAGAAGAAGAAGAAGAAUAGAGUAGAAAUCAUAUGAAAUUGCUCUUUUCCAUCUCUUUUUUUAGUACACAAUUAUCCAUAUACUGACUUUAUCUAUGAAAGAUUACAAUACUUUUCAUUUUAAUUUUUAUUUUUAAUUUUACUAUAUUUCUAUUUUAGAUGAAGAUCUCAUCACUUUCUUAAUUAUUCAUAUCUAUUUUUUCCCUUAUAAUUUUAUCCUCAUAAUAUGAUUGUUUUAAUAAUUUUGUUAUUAAUAUGCGUGUAAUACUGGAAUAUGAUGUUGUUGCAAUGUAUUGGGAAGGGAAGAAUUGUAAUAUUUUAGAAUUGCCCAUGUUAGGAGAGUCCUGACUGACCCAUAUGCUUUGUCUUUCCUACGAUAGAAAAAGAAGAAAUGUUCUUCUCUAAAGCAUAUUUUGUUUUUGUCUUUGAAACUCGCAUCACCCAGAGAGUAUCUUUUUUCUAGCUAGCCCCUUUUAUCUUCUUCCCCUUUGAAAAUUAUAUAUUUUAGAAAAGGUGUAAGGGAAAGAAAUUAAAUUGGUAUAAGUAUGUUUCUUUCUUCUGACCUUCUCUUUGAUAUUCUCAACUCAAGCAUCUCUAUGCUCACUUUCAGAAGGGAGAGAGGGGAAAAGACUAAAGAUAUCUUUGAAUAUACUAACAGCUAAAUUUAGUGGGCCUCACAAAUCCACACUUGUUAUAAAAACUGUUUUUUGCUAUUAUAAAUUUAGUCCUUCGUCUCAUUAUUCUAGAUUUGAAGAGUAUGAUAUGGACAUUGAUUAUGAUAUGUACUAUUUUUUUUUUUUAAAAGUUAGGCUUAAUCAGAUUCUUAAUUAGCAUGUGAGAUUUCAUGAUUUUUCUGCAUUAACCUUUGUUAAUGUGUUUGCACUGUUUACUUAGUUACAUGGACUUUUCAAAGCUCAAGUCAUGGCUCCUUUCCCACAAAGGACUCAAGCCAUUUGCCUGAAGUGGGGUAAUAGCCUGUAGCAGUGAAUUGGUAAUAGGGUGAAGUGGUUGUUGAACUUGUUGUAUUACUAAACAUCAACGAAGUCCAUGAUUUAAUUUUAAAUUGGUCUAAUAUGCUAUUUUUUGGGCCGUUAUGAUGUAGCUAGUAUUAUUUAAUAAUUUUAAUAACUGGGUUAUUUUCUAAUUAUAGUUUUGUAUUAAAGCUAUAUAUGUUCAAGUGUAUCAUGAACUCUUAUUAUUGAUGAUAUUGAGUAAUGAGUACUAUUACUGAUGUAGUCUAAUUGGUAAGUGAUAAAGGACAAAGGGUUAAUUGAGCAAUAAUGAAUUAAAUCUUUCAUAUCUUUCACUUCAAGACCUUAAAUGAUGUUGUUUUGUAUUUCCACGUUUUGUUGUCUGGUCACAAGCCUAGUUGGGAAGCAUUUAGGGAUUUUUGUUUUUAGAUUUUUUAGUCGUAACUUAGUAGUAGAUUGGAUUAUAAUCUUUAUUUUUGGUAAUUAAGGUUUGACAUUAUUAUUUGUUUCAAUGCAGAUAGCCAUACGCUAGUAAUGUGAGUUGACGUCUCCAUAGUGCAAAAAAUAUGUUUUGAUAACGGUCGCGAAACAUAUCAAAUUCUGAAGCAAAAUUGAAUUGUUUCACCCGUGUUGCAACCUACAUUUUGUUUUUGGUUUAAGAUAGUAGUGACAGUAGCUUGCAAUAAUUGUGGAGGAAAAUGCUAUGAACGUAAAGCAACAAACAGAAAAGGAAAAAAACCCUCUGGAAUCUGGACUGAGGUCCACGUCGUCCGUGUCCAAAUCCAUGCACAUAAAGUAAAGAAGUGAUCCUGUUCAUCAUCACAGUCACAGCAUUCAUCUUCAACACCAUAAUCAUCAAGAACAGCACCAGGAAAUGGUGUUCUCAGUAUCAGAAUCCCAAAAGUCAGUUCCUGCUCCUUUUUUAACAAAGACAUACCAGCUUGUUGAUGACCCUAGAACUGAUCACAUUGUUUCUUGGGGUGAAGAUGAAACUACUUUCGUAGUUUGGCGUCCUCCUGAGUUUGCUAGAGAUCUCCUUCCUAACUACUUCAAACACAACAACUUCUCCAGCUUUGUCAGACAGCUCAAUACCUAUGGUUUCAAGAAGGUGGUUGCAGAUAGAUGGGAAUUUGCAAAUGAGUAUUUUAGAAAAGGUGAGAAACACUUACUAUGUGAAAUACAUAGAAGAAAAACACCACAACACCAUCAUCAAAUUCAGUACCAAGAUCAAGUAUUACUUCCACCUCAAUAUCUUCCCUCACCAUCAGAUGAUCACAAUCCUUCAUGGAUAAACAUUGAUCAUCAGCAGUCGCCUCUACCGUCACCGAAACCGAAUGUGGGACCCACUAAUGACAUCUUAACAGCCUUAUCAGAAGAUAAUCAGAGGUUAAGGAAGAGAAAUUUCAUGCUUUUAUCAGAGCUUAACCACAUGAAAACCCUUUACAAUGACAUUAUCUAUUUCAUUCAGAAUCAUGUUAAACCAGCAACUCCUAAUGGUAAUAAUGAUCAAAAUCGCCCUCCUAACUUUAAUCCAAUAGCUGUUACUCCUCCUAAGCUUAUUGAAUUGGAUGAUCAAGAUCAUCCCGAAACCGCCGCCAUGAAUGGUGGUGAUGUGAGCAAGAGAGAGCCUAUUAAGCUGUUUGGAGUUCCUCUUCAGAGUAAGAAAAGAUUGCACUUAGCUGAAGGAAACCUUUGAUGAACAAGUUCAUUAAUUUUUAAUAAUAAUAAUUAACUAUGUUAAGUAGUGUUUAUUAGUUUAGAUGGUUAGAUUUUAACUAGUAGAGUUUCAUAUUUAAAUUUUAUGAGAUGUGAAGUUUUGAUUACAUAAAUAGCACUUGAGUACAUUUCAUGACUUGGUGCAUGAAAAUUUGUAAUGUACUAGUAUUGAAUAUGAGUUGGGAUUAUAUGACUCAAAUUUGCAUCUCU